CAUUCGUUCAAUUUUCGAUGAAUGUCACCAAGACUUCCGGAAGCAUUCGAUGAGUCUUUCUUUUCGCUGUUCCGUUUCUCAUGGCGGAGUAGUUUUCGUUUGUGGAGGAAAAAUAACAAUUUAGUGCUCCUACGAGAGUGAAGAAUGAGUUUAUCCGCAGCUCGUCCUGUGGUCAGUGUCUAUACUGACAAAAAUGAACCGGUGAAGGAUCAUGCAGUGCCCCUGCCGGCCAUCUUUAAGGCACCCAUCCGGCCGGACAUCGUCAAUGAGAUCCACCAAUUGAUGCGCCGCAAUCGUCGGCAGCCGUACGCCGUGAGCGAGGAGGCCGGCCACCAGACCUCAGCUGAAUCCUGGGGCACUGGUCGUGCUGUCGCUCGUAUUCCGCGUGUCCGCGGUGGUGGCACCCACCGUUCUGGCCAGGGAGCCUUCGGCAACAUGUGCCGUGGUGGACGCAUGUUCGCCCCCACGAAGACCUGGCGCCGCUGGCACCGCAAGAUCAAUGUCAAUCAGCGUCGCUACGCUAUUGUGUCGGCCAUUGCGGCUUCCGGAGUCCCGGCUCUGGUUCAGUCCAAGGGCCAUGUCAUCGAUGGCGUUUCUGAGUUUCCGCUCGUGGUGUCGGACAAACUCCAGGAGGUCACCAAGACCAAGCAGGCGGUGAUCUUCUUGCGUCGCAUGAAGAUUUGGGGAGACAUUCAGAAGGUGUACAGGAGCCAGCGUUUCCGUGCUGGUCGCGGUAAGAUGCGCAAUCGCCGUCGCAUCCACCGCCGUGGUCCGUUGAUUGUCUACGCCAAGAACGACGGCAUCAAGAAGGCCUUCCGCAACAUCCCUGGCAUCGAUACCAUGAAUGUGGCCAAGAUGAACUUGCUGAAGCUGGCUCCGGGCGGUCACGUUGGUCGCUUUGUCAUCUGGACCGAAUCGGCCUUCAAGCGCCUCAACAACAUCUUCGGAUCCUGGGAGAAGCCAUCGACGCAGAAGAAGGGAUACAAUCUGCCCCAGCCCAAGAUGGCCAACACCGAUCUGUCGCGUCUGCUCAAGUCCGAGGAGAUCCGCCGGGUGCUGCGUCGUCCCAAGAAGCAAGUUAAGCGUCACGUUCGCCGACUUAAUCCUCUCAAGAAUGCUCGUGCUCUGGUUAAAUUGAACCCGUAUGCCGAGGUAGUGAAGCGUCGUGCGAUCCUGGGAGCUGAAAAGCUGAGGCUGCAGAAGAAACUGGAGGCGUCUAAGUUGAGGAAGAAGCCACUGAGCAAGAAGAAUUACAUCGUGAGGACUCUCCGUCGCGAUGAACUCCGCAAGCAACAGUUGCAGAAGACAUGGGCAGCCAAGAAGGCCAAGGUGGCUGCUAAGAAGGCUGCCAAACAGGCGGCUGCCAAGAAGUAAUUAUUCCCAUUCUUUUUAUUAAGCCGCGGCCCCUCAACAUUUUGGAGAGAAAGGUUGAAAAUAAAUAAAAAAUCUCCAAGAACAAAAAGA